AUGCAGAAAUAAGCUGGAUGAAAACUAUAAAAGGGGAGUAUGAGGCUGGACAGCAGAUAUCUCAGAGGAAACAUCGCUACUGCAAAGAUGAAUUUGCUUGCAGUUAUUGCUGUUGCUGUGUGUGUCCUAGCACCACAUGCUGACUGCGCAUCAGAUAACAUCGCCUGGUGUUACCACCACCCAUGCUGCAACUACCGCACCUGGCCGGCCAUUGCUCCUCAGUUCUGCAAUGGAACGCGUCAGUCCCCCAUCAACAUCGUGUCAGCUGCGGCAAAGGGGAACAGUGACCUGGUGGAGUUCAGCUUCAAGGGCUACGGCAACACCUACGCCUUGAAAACCAUCGAGAACACCGGGAAGACGGUUAAAGUGACCUUAAAUAGAGGCAUCCAGAUCUCAGGGGGAGACUUGUCUGAGAGCUACGACAGCCUGCAGUUCCAUCUUCACUGGGGAAACGGAGCCGCUUACCCCGGGUCAGAACAUACUGUGGACGGCAAGCGCUACCCCAUGGAGCUACACAUUGUACACAUCAAAUCCUCCUUCAAGAGAAACACCGAUCUUGCUGUUGCUGAUUCUGAGGGAGUUGCUGUUCUUGGUUUCUUUAUUGAGGAGCUGCCAGAUACGAGAAACCAGCCAGCCAGCUGGAAGACCUUGACCUCCUACUUGUCAGAUGUCUCGUUGGCUGGCCAGAAGUCAAGAAUAAAAUAUAGGAUUUCUCUGGACGAUCUUCUCUCUGGGGUGGACCGCUCAAAGUACUAUCGCUACCUCGGCUCCUUGACCACCCCUACCUGUGAUGAGGCUGUGGUUUGGACCAUGUUCAAGGAGCCAAUUAAAGUCAGCAAAAACUUGAUUGACCUCUUCAGCACAAGGCUGCACAUAGGUGACACGCCCUAUUCACCUCUCAUGGUUAAUGUGUUUCGAGGCAUCCAGCCAUCACAGCCAGUCUCAACGCAGCCGUCCUGCACCAAACCUCACCGCCUUCUGAAAAAAAAGGGGACAGGCUGGGCUUUUUUCUGGGGAGAAAACUAAAAAGCUAAGGUCACAGCUCAACCAGUGUUUGAACUAUCCUACUUUGGAAUCAAAU